CUUGUACUGUACAAACAUCAUUUCUCACUAGUAGUAAAAUUAUAUAUUUAUUAUUAGCUAACCGUUUUACACUUUGGUUGUCUAUUUCAAGGGAUUUUUUACGAUUUCAAAUAGAAUGCCGUCAGCUUCAUGUCCGUUGGAAUAUUGUUUUGGUACCAAUGACCAAUGUUUUUACACUAAGUAAAUAACCUGAUAGUGAUAGCCUAAGCCUAAAUGAAAUAGUGAAAUAGUAAUUGUCUACAUUCUAUUUUAUAAAAAGAAUAAGAAACAAAUUUAAGUUGGUGCCGUUGGUGCGUAUUUUUUUUUUUAGUUUAUUGAUUAGUAUUAGUAAAUACUAAAUAGUGUAGGCGUAGGUUAUCCUACAAAUUUAGUCUAAACUUUUAGAAAAUCUUAAUGGUAGCCCUAAAAAUGAAUUUAUUUAGAAGAAAAAUCAACAUUCAGUCUGACAGCAUAACAGAGAAAAAGAAAGGGGGGAAGCUGUUUCCUCAUAAAUAUCCUUACUAAAUAAAUACUAAUAAAGUUAAAGGAUUAUUAAUGAUUAACCUAAGCCCAUUUGAUACUUUGUACUGUGUAUCAUGCAUCUAUAUUGGGUCUAUAUUAUAAAUUUUAAUCCUAUGGUCUAUGUCUAUACUAUAGCUCUUUUUUAUACGGAUUAUACAGCAUUUUGAAACGCGCCUAAAACUUUAAUUUUGAUGACAUUUGCAAAAAGUUUGGAAGGUAUCAAAACUAAAAUUCUUUUCAGCUUGUGAUUUAUUAUCGAACUGAGGUGUUGUCAGGAGAACGAAUUACAAAUAUAUGAACGAGGCAAUACUUCGCCAGCAUAAUUGAAAGUAGGUUUUUAAAGGUUUGGUUUGAUUUGAUUGGCUGUACUACCAAUAGCUCCCUAGAAGCUAUUGGUAGAAAACUACCUAUAGUUAUAGACACUUUCAUUUUAAAUACAUUUUGGCCCACUUAAUUGUCUUAAUUGCAACAAGCCCCAAGGCCAAGAAAACUGUAAUUUAAGUUAAAGUACUAAAAUAAGAAAGUUAUAAACUAUAUAACAAUAAAGGCCAUCCAUCAAUGUCAUCACACUUUUUUUUUUAAAGCUUAAAUUUGUCAAAAAUAAAGUGUAUAGUAAGGGCCAUCCAUAAAUUCUGUCAUCACACUUUUUGGGGUCGAUUUUGGUAAAAUUGGAGUUGGUGCGUGGUGAUGUAGUACCCAUGCUGUGUACUAUAUUUUUGUAUAUAGACGUCAUCUUUGUUACCAAGACAGAGGACAUAAAAAAAUUUUAAUAAUAAAAAUGAAGAAAAGGAAAAAAAAAUUUUUUUUAAAUAUUUAAAAUAAAGAAACCCAACUUACAUAUUCAUCGAAUAAACUUUUACUCAUUAUAUUACAUGUUCAACCCAAAAUAAAACCCAAACAACGUCAGUCAAGCGAAAAUCCAUUUCUCAAGAUGACCAGAAUUCUGCAAAAAAUAGCUCCACAUAUUUUUACCUCGCUUUCAAAUAUUAAUUAACAUUGAUGACUAUUAGGACAGUAAUCUGUUUGUACUUUUGUUAACAAAGGGUAGUUCACUCAUACAAAGAAAUGCUUCAUAACUCUCCUGAUCCAAUGGGAUCCUUAUUUUGUAAACCCCCCCCCCCUUCCCCCCCAUAGUCUCACACAAAUUAGACCCUUAUCGCACAUUCGUGACGCCCCCACCCUCCAAAGCCUGUCAUCUUUUAUGGAUGGCUCCUAACAUAAUAUACUUAUUCUUCAGUAAUCUUUUUGUACUUUUUUUAACAAAGGGUAGUUCCCUCAUACAAAGAAAUGCUUCAUAACCCCCCUGAUCCAAUGGGAUCCUUAUUUUGUAAACCCCCCCCCCCCUUCCCCCCCAUAGUCUCACACAAAUUAGACCCUUAUCGCACAUUCGUGACGCCCCCACCCUCCAAAGCCUGUCAUCUUUUAUGGAUGGCUCCUAACAUAAUAUACUUAUUCUCAAUUAACAAGUACUAGCCUAAUACUCGUACAUUUAAUUUUUAACAUUUUUACACAUGACAACUUUGAUAAAUUUACUCCUUUAUCGGGGAUUAUCUGAUCAUAAAGGUUCAAAACAUCUAACCUUCUCUUGAUUUCAUUUUAUUUCCUUUUUAUCCUGAGCACGCUACAUAUUUUAAUGAAGUAUUUAAUUUUACUAUUAACUCCUUAACAUAAUAUUUCAGGUUGCACAAUGUCUUAUUUGUAUGAAUAAGAUUGGAAAUGUUCUUACUGAAAAAUUAAAUGACUAAAGAACAGUAACACAUAUUCUACAGAGGUAAUUAAACAUAAAAUCAAAGCCUUGGAAACCAUAAGCCUCAAGAUGCGGCUUUUUGUUGUCUUUCGGACUUUUGACAGGAUAUGGUCAUGUAAAACUUACACACGAGAACUCGCUCCAUUUGAAAUGGACAUGUCUAAAGGACCAAUUAAGCUGAUGUUUAUGGUUGACCUGAUUGUUGCAGACCCAGAUGGACAUGAAUUUGCAUUGCAGCAUUCAAAUUUCUUAGCAAAAUAUAGCGACUUCUCACGUGACUCUAUAUCAUUUUACUGCCUACCACACAGGAGCUUCUUUCCAAAAAUAGUGACACAUCGUAUAAAAGAUAAUGAAGCGGCAGCACCAGUUAAUGGAAAUAGAAAUCGACUUCGGAGGUUUUCAGUACCAAGUUUAGAACUGGAUGUACCAUCUCCAUUUAGUGUUUCUGAAGGAUGUGCCGAUGUCAUAUAUUUUGUGCUGCCAAUGUAUAGAUGUACAGUUCUUCUAGAUGCUCAUUUAGCCUCAUGUAUUAGCUCUGAAUACUCUCGUAGUAGAGCUUUCCGAAGGCAUUUCUGGCAUUUUCUGAAAGAUCAGAAAGGUUUUCGGAAUUGCAUACCCGACUAUGAGGCAUGGACACAGGAAGAAAGGGAUGCAUGGGAUAUGUACUUAACAGUGCCAUUUAUGAUUGACCUUGUAGCUGUUUGGCCGAAACAGAAAGUUGACUAUGCCUGGUAAGAUAUAUUUUCCAAAGUAACACAUGCACAAAAUUUUAAUGGUUCUAGGGAAAAAGACUGUUUAAGUUUUGCUUCUCCUAUUUAUUUUUGGUGAACCGUACCAUUACGCUAAUUUUCACAAUUUAUCCGAUUUAUACUGAAUUAUCAUGUUAUUAUUAGUAGGAACAAAAAAAUAAAAGGAUCUAAGAUGAUGGGUAUUAACAGAAGUAGCAGAUGUUAUUUGUAAUUAUAGAAUGAUUGAAAACAUAAGCAAGGCUUGUCAUCUUUUAACUACCGGUAACCUAUAUGUUUUUUCUUACGUGGAUGAGUAACUGUUUUUUUUUUUUUUUUUUUUUUUUUUUAACCCGGGUUUCUUUUUUCAAUUAUUUUUCAUAAAUAUAAAUGCAAAAUAAUUGUAAUAAAGCAGAAAUAUUUUGUUCUUUAGAUUUACUGACUUUUUAUUUAUUCAACAGUAUGUAACGUUCGUUUUGUUUAAUUUUAAUUUUUUUUUUUUUUUUUUAAUGCAAUAAAAAAAUUCACAUAUCACCUGAAAUAACUUACAGAAUUAUGUGAGUUUCAUUUUCUUGUUGUGUCCAUUUAGGAGCAGCAGAAUCCUUGCGUUGCUGCAUAAGCAUAUUGUAUUGGCAGAAGGAUUUGCCUGGCUGUCAACUCUUGGUGGGGCUCACUCCUCCCUAGGGGAAACGUUCAGAUACCAUGUAAGUGGUUAAAGUUAGUGUUAUUUCAGCAAGUGAUUGUUGCUGCAUAAAGCAUUUGAAAUUCUAGGAAACUAAAAUUGUUUAAAGUUUGUACCACACUAGCGACUGAGUCAGCAGCAAACUCAGAUAGAAAUGGUUUACAUACCUGUAAUUAGGUUGGACUUUUUUGCAAUUUCUGAAAAUAGAUUUUAAAUUUCUACAUUUUGAAAUGCAACAUUGGAAGAACAUACAUUUGAGCUUUUAACCUUUUUUUCUUAGUAGAAGAAAAAAACGUAUUGCUUCAAAUUACUGAAAUUUUGAUUCACUUAUCAUAUUUUUAGGCAGAGAAAGCUGGAGAAAUCUCUGGGAAGCAGCUAAGACUGGCUAUAGAGCUUGGAAAUGAGAGUUUGAUUGCUCGUUGUUAUUUGUUCUGGUCAUGGAGCUUGCUACAGAAAGGAGAGUUGAGAAGAUGCAAAGCCUGUGUUCUGUAAGACUUUCAUGUAUUAUUGUGUCUUGUUUUGUUAAAUAUUUCAUUCAUGUCUGGCCGUUGGCAACGAAGAAUAGUUGGCCUGAAAUUCCAAAUAGCUGCUAUGCGUACCCGGCUCCCUUUACACUAAAUCCCAUUUGGAUGUCAUUUGUGGUAGUUUAUUUUAGUUAAACUGAAGAAGUAAGUUUACAAACAUAUAGUCCAUUUAAUUAUCUUUCAUUUGAUACCUCAUUUCGACUUACAAACCCAACAAUAAUACCGAUAUUUUAAAUAGUUUUCUAAUCCCAACCUCUCACUUCUGAAACCCGGGUGCGAAUAGUCACAGCCAUAAAAAAUCAGUCCUCAUUACAUCCCACCCCCAAUAACUCAAUAUCUUUGUCAAGUCCAAUGAUAUUGUUUCACUUCGUUAAUUUAAAUACAAGAAUCUAUAUUGCCAUAAUAAUAAUAAUAAUAAUAAAGUUCAUUUAAAAAACACGCUUCAUCCCCAAAGGCUCGAAGCGCGGUACAAAGUCAACAAAAAACAAAUCUAUAAUUUACCACAUUUAAAACAAACGCAAUACUACAAAAACUAAUUACAAGCAUACAAUGUCAAAGUCUUUCAACCCAUUUCAACCGUGAGCAACGCAGCUAAUAUGCAUUAAAUGGAAAAUAUGAUAGACUAUCAUCCCAGAAAGUGUUUGCGAAAUAAAUGUGUCUUUAAAUCGGUUUUAAAGGACUCCAGUGUCUGGAUGUUUCUGAGAUCGAGUGGAAGGGCGUUCCAAAUUGUUGGACCAGCAAACGCGAAAGUGCGCUUUCCGCAAGUCUCAAGGCGAACACGUGGUGUCAAGAGUGUGCCACUGUCGGAUGAGCGGAGUUCACCCUCAACUAGCAUAAUUAACAGAGGAAUUAUAUCUAAUUACAUCAAAAUUGCUUUCAAAUUCAGCAUCUUGACCCAGUGCUAUUGAUCAGUGUAAUAAAAUUUGAUGAAAAGCUGGGAGGUGGGGGGAUUUAUGAAUUUUUCAUGUUUCUACGUUAUGUGGACACUGUUUGGUGACAUGUGGAUAGAAAGGUUAAAAUCAGUCGCACCACUUGGUGUCUAUGAUAAAAAAAAGUCAUAAAAAGCUGUAGCUACGAUUUGAUUUUCUGAUAAUCCUUCCAAAUUUUCAAAUUGGUGUACAUUUAUUUUUUUUCAUUUUUCAGAAAUACUUGGAAGUUCUGCCAGGGAAUUCAGUGUCGAGACUGGAUGCUAGAAAACAUGUGCAAAGCUGUGUGGAGCAGGCUCAGGUACAAACGAGCUCUGCGCAAGGAAAAGAGGAAACGUGCCAAGGUUAUCAAAAGCUGUGACUUCUCAGACAACAACCGAGGUGGGGGAGAUAGCGGUGAUUUUAGCAAAAAAAAUACCCACGACCGGACCAGCUGGGAUCCCAAUGGCAAUGAAGGUAGCAAAACGACCUGUACCACACCCCCUCUGUGCGUCAGCUCAAGUCCAGUGGCUUUGUCCAGGAAAGUUGCAGCUGUGAGAGUGGUUUGAAUGUGUCCAUCUGUAACUCACAGCAUUUGACUGGGUUGACUGGGUUCUCAAACAGCCAUUUUUUUCAGUGCUUAUCAGUAGUUCUUUGUGGGACAUCCUGUUAACGUGUAUCAUCACAUAUUCUCUUACUAAUAAAUAUUGCUUCUGAUUAACAUUUAGAGUAGGGAAAGAGUCAAGUUUAUCCUUGCUGUAGACUAAUGUUUUUGUCAUUUUUAAACCAAGUUUCUAAACAAAAAUAUUUGAUUGAAUCAAACAAAUAUUGUACACGUUUAUUUGUGAAUUCAUUGCAAAAUGUUGGAGUUGGAUGAUAAAGGUUGUAAAAAAUUGAGGAGGCAUGUUUUUAAAAAAUCCAACUAAGGGCAUGGAUCACUUAUAAAUUUUAGCAAUGUUGCUGAUUUGUUUCACAUCUAAAAUGAAUGACUUCAAUUGUUUUGAGCGACUUGUCAAAAAUUAGGAUUUUAUGAAAGUUUUGAGUGGGAGUAGAAUCUAUCAUAUUUGUUAGAACACCUUCAACCUAUUUUACAAAUUGUCUUCAUGGGGUUUAAUAAACAUCUAUUUGAUGAUGUAGAUGUGGAGAUGUUUUUAUUCUAUUUCUAUACCUAAUUAUUUUGGUAAAUGUUUUCAUCUUGUUUAUUUAAAAUGCAAAACCUCCAUACAGACUUUGUAAAACCCAGUCAUAGCUUGUGAAUUAUUCAAAAUAGUGAGACUGAUUGCUCUGUGCCAGGCAGCCUAAGCUGACAAGUUUAGGAAGUGGAAGAAGAGAAACUGGAAAGAUAGAAGCAGGGAAAAAAAAACAGAAAGCGUAUCAGUUCGUACUUACUGUAAAAUGUGAAAUUGGGCAUUAGUUGCAUGAUAAGCAUUGUCAGAAAAAGUCAGAUAUGCACAGCUAGGUGUGAAUUACAUUGACUUAGAAACAACAUGCUGUAAAUAUUGACAGUGAGUCAUCAAUGGCAGCCUGCUCACAGUUUUCUCAUGACUCAACCAAAAUGGUCGUCAUCAUUAUUAGAUUCCUUCAUCCAUGGGAUUGGGCUACAGCCCUUAAAAGACUCUGGCUUGCAUUAUUGCAUCCCUCCAGUUGGAGUGAUCUCUUCAACUGUAUGCUUGGACCCUUAGUUGUAGCGGGUCUACCACCAUAUCAUUGUUUCAUCUCUUAAUUGCAUGUGGAUGAUGAUUAUAAUCUCAUAUAAUUUAUGAACAGCAUUGACAUUUAUCCCGGUGAUAAAACCUUAUUUCCAGUGAUGUAAUAAAACAAUGAUUAACUUGUUUCUCUUACUUAAGACAAAUAGUGGUACUUUUGCAAUGCCAUAUUCAUUUAGUUUUAUUCUUGAUUAAAAGUAUUUUACUGUACCACCAUUAAUCAACAUUUCAAAGACAAAUUAUGAGUUUGUUUCAGGGUUUUAAUGAAUGAUAAAUGUUAUAUUGCAGUUUUAUGUUGAAUUAAGAUAUCUUCUGAAUGGAUCAAUUUCACAACUGACAUUUAUUUAUAAGAAGAAGAGUAUCAAUUAGUUUGUACUGUUACAGAGGUCAGAUUUCCCUUACCUUGCCACCACCAGAUAGAAUACCACUGCCAAACUUUUGUUUGCUACAUGAUAAAAUAUGUAUAAAAUUGACUUUGUGAGUUUGAAUCGAGUCAGACAUCAGCAUUCUGAACACUCAAUGGCUUGUUUGGGUUAUUUUAAAUAUAAUACUCAUAUGCUGAAUAAAAUCAAUGAUAAGCGCAUUAACAAUUUCUGUUGAGUGUUUUUAUGUUAUAAUUACCAUGCUUGGUUCAGAUUCAGACCUCUUUAAAUUGUUGCUUUCAGUUUUAUUAUUGUUUGAAUAGUUGUGUACAAAGUAACUUUUCAACUUUCUGAUUGUGAAAGAAGCACAUGCCAUUUAGGUUUUUAGAAUGAUACAAAUAUAAUUUUAAAGGAAAAUUAGAUCACUUAAUAGUAUUAUUCUGGCA